AUGGCCACCCUCGCCAGUCCCAUUUUGCAGAUCAUCUACCUGAUCUGCUUGGUUGCUACCGACAACAACCUCACCGUUGCGUUCCAUGCGAUCUACGGAAUUGCAACGAUACUGCCCGUAAUCAUCAUGGUGCUCCGGGUAUUCAUGGUUGAUUCAUCACUGUUCCAUCGUUCCAACCUCACUCGUCAGCGCCGAUCCUUUCGACUAUAUCUGCUGCUUGCGCGUCGCUACUGGCGGCGCAUCGUCACGACUUCUCUGGCUUUUUUUCUGUAUGACUUCAUCAACUUCCCCAAUAGUAUUAUGUCCAGCACUAUCAUCGCAUCCCUGGUGACGGACAAUGAUAUCCGCAAGACCGCGAUCUGGCAAGUGGUGCUGGCGGUCCUUCCGGUGCCGGGAGUGAUGAUUGGAGCGUGGCUAAGCAAUGCCAUCGGCCGCCGCAACACGGGUAUCCUCGGCUUUGCCGGGUAUCUGGUUCUUGGGUUCAUUAUUGGCGGGACAUACAUUAAGCUAUCCAAGCACAUUGCGGCGUUUGUAGUGCUUUAUGGUCUGCUGCAGGCCUUUGGGCAUAUGGGCCCCGGAGCCACGAUUGGCCUCAUCUCUACCGAGUGCUUCCCCACGGCCAUGCGAGGCAUGGGAUACGGCAUUGCGACUGCAUUUGGUCGCACCGGUGCGGCCGUGGGCACGGAGUGCUUCACUCCGUUGCAAGAACGGGCGGGGGACAGCUCGACAUUCUACUUGCUGGGCGGGGUGGCCGCCGUGGGGAUUCUGGUCUACUGUUUCCUCCCGGAAAGUAGUCGCCUCGACUUGGCCCAAGAAGAUCGUGCCUUCGAAGAAUUCUUAGCAGAGCAUGGCUACUUUAUUGAGACAAGCCGGGUCGGUAAUACCGACGGUCCGUCGAGGUGA